UCCAAAUCUCUGAACUUUGAUCAGCAGCAUCUAAUAAUAUUAUCUUGCUUUUCAAAAAGACAUUAACGAUUCCAAACAAUUCACAUCAUUAUAUCAGAAGCGUUCUCCUUUUUCAUGGGAAUCACCAUUUGAAAUUACCACACCAAUCUCCUGCUUACUGAUAUGGAGAACAACCCUAGUCCAUCUCGACUUGAUAGAAAAUUCAUUGAGAGGAACAGAAGAAAUCAAAUGAAGACUCUCUUCCGCAAACUCAACUCACUUGUGCCUCAUCAAACAUCAAAGGCGGUUUCACUGCCGGAUCAGCUAGAAGAAGCAACAAACUACAUAAAGAAAUUACAGAUGAAUAUGGAGAAAAUGGAGAAGAAGAAGAACAAGCUACUAGGAAUAGAAAGAGCAAAUGUGAGCAUGAAUGGAAGAGGAGAGAGAGUAGGGUUUAAAUCUCCACGGAUUGAGAUCCAACAGAUGGGUUCAACCUUAGAGGUUGUUCUAAUAACUGGGUUGGAUUCUCAGUUCAUGUUCAGUGAAACCAUUCGUGUUCUUCAUGAAGAAGGAUUAGAUGUUGUUAACGCCAGUUAUAAUGUUAUCGAAGAUGCAGUUUUCCAUUCAAUACACUGUCAUCAGGACGAGAAAUUUGCCAACGGAGCUGCCAGGAUAUCUGAGAGGCUAAAGAACUUCAUCUACGAGUCUAGCUACUGUGCUUUUUAAAUUUUCAUUAUUAUAUAUUCAGUUUUUCAUCUGUUUCAUUUGUAUAUAGAUUUUUUUUUUAAUCCUUCCUCGUGGUUUUUAUUUAUUUAUGUUUUGUGUUUUAUUUUUCUGUCUGUCCUUUUGCUCCAUCUGUUCAACCCAAAGAUGGAAGGCGCAGCUUUAGCUUUUACCAAGUUUUAAGAUGCGCAAAUUUGGUAUGCCAGUUGUAAUUUGAAUUAAAAUUAAAAAAAAAAAUCUAAUUUAGUUCUGAAUGAAUGUC